AUGCUCGGCACGGCGACGGACGAGGGAUCGAUAUUCUCCGCCAACGCGGAAACCCCAAGCCAGUUCAUAUCCUUUAUCCAGGACAACUUUCCGGGUCUCGCGGACGACAAAGCCCAAGAGAUGCUUAGCCACUAUCCCCUGGAAGCCCCACGCCCCAGGCACCAGUCCUGGUUUCCUUCGACGUACCGGGCCUAUGGCGAGACCACCUUUAUAUGCCCCACCAACCUAAUCCUCGACGCCUUCUCCCGGACCCGCUACGCCAACCAAACGUGGUCGUACCGCUACAACGUCUGGGACGUCGAGAACGACCGCCGAGGGUUGGCCCUCACAGCGCCCAUCAGCUAUCAUACGUACAACGCGCCCGUCAUCCCGCUGAUGAUGAGCUACUACAUCUCGUUCGUGAGGUCGCAGGACCCCAACACCCACCGGUUCGAGCAGGCGCCGCGUUGGGAGACGUGGAGGGGUGGUCAGAGGCUGUUGGUGGAGCUAGGCAAGACGCGCAUGGAGUCGACGUCUGCCGGGCAGAAAAAGAGAUGCCAGUUUUGGAAGAGCGUCUCGAGCGACAUGUGCCACUAG